UGCACAACCUGACUGUUCCUUGCAGUGUGUUCACUGUGUUGCGAUUACACAUCCCUUCUAAAGUUCUUCCUAAUGAUUAGCCUUCAACGUUCCAUACUCCUAUCUCCGAAUUGUCAUUCCAUUUUUUAAAGAAACUCUUGGUGCGCUCCCAAAAUAAUUCGCCGCCACCUUUCUCUAGUUACUACCUACCUAUUAAACCUAACCUUCCAUUGUUCUCAAGUGCUUAUCCAUUGUUCUCAAGUGCUUAUUAUACUUAGCACGCGUAUCCAAUACAGUUUUUCGUCCCAGAAUCAGGACAACUAUAACAAUCCUGUAAACAAAGCGUUUCUCCGAAAGCUUCCCAACUGCAUAUAUAAGAACCUGCACCAAUCACUAAAUAUUUCUCAAGCCAUCCUCAUGGAAUCCAAGUCACGAACAACUUCCUUGUCAUUUCUCUGUGCACGAACGAGAAAACUCAAAACUUGAUUUAGGCUGUACAUUUAAUUAAUACUGCCACACUUCGCCUAGUAACGACACGACGCGACCCGAACCGACCAAACCUAAUCAUUCAUACUGUCAAAAGAUUCUUUGAAUAGGACCUUUGAUUUGCAACAUUUCAAAAUGUCGGAUCUACGAAAGAAGAUAUUCGAGAGCGGCAAGACCGUCUCCAGAAAGGCGCGCUCCAGACAACAGUCAGCACUUGCAUCCCCGGCUAGUUCACGGGGUGCCUCGCGUGCUACCAGCCAGCAAGCCUCCGACGAAGAUGAUGAGAGCGACUACGAAUAUAAUGAGAGCGUGGCUAGUUCUCUCGGAAACUCGGAAGAUGGCGACGAAGCAGAUCCGGCGCCGCCGUCUGAGGCUCUUCACAACCGUAUUGUAGACCUGCUAGAUCAGAAGCGUGACAGCGGGCAAGAUCGAGAGAAGAAGUUAACAGCGUAUACCGAGCUGAUUCGACAUCACCCAAGUGCCGAGGAAGUUGAGUCGCAAAUGGGCGAAAUCAUUCCCAUGCUCAUAAAGGGUGUGCGCGGACGAAGAACUUCCCAAGGCGUGCUACAGUCCCUGAAAGCUCUUAUGACAACCAUCCUGUCAACUGGCGCUGAGAAUAUUCAUGCCGACGUAUACCAGCCUUUGAAGGCCUUAAUUCAAGAUUCAGAUAACGACGAUGAUGACGAAGCGAUCAAGGUAGCAGCCAUCCAAGCCAUGGGCAUUUCUGUGAUGUGUGGUGGGGGUUCUUUUACUGCGGCAGAGGAGUUUCUGGAAUUCCUUCUUGAUAUUAUCGAGAGUGAUGGACAUGUCAUUGGGGCGGGCGAUAACGGACCGGUAGUCGCCACAGCGCUGACUGUAUGGGGAUUUGUUGCUAGCGGUCUUGAUGAUCUCGAGGAACAGAGUUCGCGGGCACUAGAGGCAUUCACUGAGCAGCUUGAUAGCAGUGACGUCCAUGUCCAAAUUGCAGCUGGAUCCAACAUCGCCUUGCUCUUUGAAACUGCGGGCGAAUAUGAGGUGGAGACAGGGCAGCCCUGGAAUAUGCGUGUUGACCAAGACAGGCUUCUUCGACGGUUGAAUGCUCUUACGAGAGAGUCAUCAAAGUCAAUUUCCAAGAAGGACCGAAGACAGCUUCACAGCAGUUUCAAUAGCGUGGUGACCUCUCUCACGCUUGGAAAAGGUCCAGGAUACUCAACUGCACGACGUUCUCAGAGCAAUCCUCAUACUGGAGGCAACAGAGUUGACUUCAAAGGUGAUUAUCAAGAAUACGGCUAUCGACAAAAGCUUCGAAUUAACAACAUUAGCAUUGUCAUAGACACUUGGUCUUUGUCGGCCCGAUUAGGAAUGCUCAAGUCUAUUCUUGGAGGCGGUCUCGCCAGCCAUUACCUGAAUAACCCGGUGGUGAAAGACCUACUGAGCGGUGCUAAGACUGAGUAUGUUUCUGCUCCGCCGAAGAAAAAGAAGCUUCCAAUGAAGUACUAGCAAGGGUGGUUUCGAUUGAAGUACAAGAUAUCAGCCUGGUGUGCCACUUUCUAUACCAACAACACCGGAGGAUCAAUGGGUAGCCUAGCUGAAUAUUUAGUAAGCUUCUGGGGGUUUUCCCUCCGACUUUGUUUAUUAUAGUUGAACCAUUACGCUCGUUGGGAGCCUACCUAAUGUUGUGUUAAUUUCGAGAACCGUACCUGGUGCCCGCUACCCUGUAUAUAUUCUCGUUGCUCACACUAGUGGACAUAUAUAAGCAAUCAAAUAUCUUAUCACGUAGUAGUCUGGCGUUUAGAUAUAUAGCAUAUAUGUAGUAUUAAGUCAAAAAUUUGCAUAUACACAAUGCUCCUAUGUAUGUAUGCAGCUGUUACAUACAUACCUAAGGUUAGUAUGUAGCUGUUAUGUAGACGUUCAAUGUUGCCAAUGAAGCAAGAUACAUAUGUAGCUUAUGUAGGCUACAUGUUCCGAAAAGAUCAUG